AGCUUAACUUCAACUUUUACUAUCGUUAAUUUUUUUUCUACUGUUAAAUUUAUUGAAAUAAGCGGUAAAAUCUGUGUAAUAUUUUAUUGAAAAACUUUAGUAAAUAUGUCGGAUGUUUUGGAUAUUGAUGAUGGAGGAGAGGAAUUUCAGGUCGAUGAAGAAGGCGAUCAAAGUGUGCAGAAGCUUAAAGACAAAGUAAAAAAACGCAAAGGCAGAGGAUUUGGAGGAGAUGGUACAGCUCGUGAAGAACUCCAAGACUAUGAAGCAAUGGAUCAUGAUGGUACUGAUGAACCAGGGCCACAACGAUCAAUUGAAGGAUGGAUUUUGUUCAUCACUGGAGUUCACGAAGAAGCCCAGGAAGAUGAUAUUUAUGAAAAAUUCUCUGAGCAUGGAGAUAUAAAAAAUAUUCACCUGAAUCUAGACAGGCGAACUGGCUUUUUAAAGGGUUACGCUCUGGUUGAAUAUGAAACAUAUAAAGAAGCUUUAUCUGCACUGGAGAACCUGAACGGCACAAAUAUGCUUGGUCAACAAAUCAGUGUCGAUUGGGCCUUUGUAAAAGGCCCCACAAAGAAAAAACGUGGACAUCGAAACAGAUCUCCAGAUAGAAGGCGGCACAGAUAGUAUUUUCUUAAAGAAUAUUUCUUGUCUGUAUGUUGAUUUCCAAUGUGUAUUAAGUAUGUGUUUUCAUUUUUAUGUAAUAAAUAUAUUCAAAAAUAAAAUUAGCAUUUUCAGUA